UCAUGCAUAGUCACAAGGUUAUUUUAGUUUACAUAUUAACAUAAAAAUAUGACCACCACUUCGUGAUUGCUUUUCAAGGGAUUAUUUUACAUGCCUCUCAGUGUUCCUUCCUGUGCUCAUAUUACUCAGCCCUUAUUUAUUUUGUUUACAUACUCCUACAAAAUCUAGAAUUUAAAUAGUCUGUGUUUUGAUUAACCGUGUCAUACAGACAUUAAGUGUCUCGCUUGAGAAAACAUGAAAAUCUAGUAAGACAAUUAAGUGUUUUCAUUUGGGUUUUAGGGUCAGGAUACUGUUGAAGGUCCAGUUUGGCGGUGAAGAUGUAAUUUCCUUGCAUUCUCAGUAAUUGCACUAAUAGACUGUGCAACAGGAAGUCCCUUCCUCCAGUGCUUUGAGGUGCUAAAUGCGUGUCUGCAUCACGUGAAAUGUGUUACAUUCUACAGCCUCCUAGUGAUGAAACAAACGUUGUCGACAUCUUAGAAACACACCAUACUUGAUUUUGUCCAUACGAGAUGACUUGAGGAAGAUGGCCAGCUGUCGAAUUUAGGCUGACGAUUUUGUCAUUUCAGCUCUUUGCACAUUGAUGUUGUGCAAAGAGCGGUGAUACACGCCAGGCUAGCGACCACACCUAACUCUUUUUCUGUGAACCAGCGGCCUUCACUGACCACACUUGUUAUUUUUGCUCUAUGGCGUUUGCAAGUCCACCAUAAUACAGCGGCUUACUCAUUUGCAUUAGGAAAACAGGAUUCCGUUUGCAUGUCCUCCGUGUCAUAAAUCCAUUUUGUAGGCGGCUUAACGCCGCGCGCGCGACUACACCAGCCAGCACGCUCGCUCGCUCGCGCCCUCCGGCGCAUGACGUCAGCGCGCUCGCGCGAGAGUGGAGAGCCCGGCGACGCGCGCGCUCUCUCCGACGCCGAACCUCCAUUUGUGAGCAAGCCGAACGAUGCGAGCUCUCGUUCCUGUUGCCGCCGCCCAGUAACGAAAAACGCUAAGAAUCCAGAGAGUUCCCCGUUUAUCUGACAAACCCAGGAACGUACCGAAAUUUCGAAGACAAACCUCAGAGAGACGGACACAAGCUCUCAUUUCCGAUUCGUUAUCUUACACCGUUGCUAGUGGGAUUUAAUGCUCUAGCUGUAGUCGCCGAGAGAGAGAGAGAGAGAGAGAGAAAGAGUGAGUGAGAGAGAAAGAGAAAGAGAGAGAGACAGCCUAGGAGAGGGACAGGGAAGAAGAGGUAGCCUUUCGAAGGGGGGAACACGGCUUGCUCGCUAUUUCCGCCGCACCUUUUCACUGUUUUGGAGCAGACGAAGAGCCGAGGUUGGUCUAGUCAUGGGAUGUACACUGAGCGCCGAGGAGAGAGCGGCUUUGGACAGGAGCAAAGCGAUCGAGAAGAACCUGAAGGAGGACGGAAUCACUGCGGCCAAGGAUGUGAAACUGCUCCUGCUAGGGGCUGGCGAGUCCGGGAAAAGCACCAUCGUCAAACAGAUGAAGAUUAUUCAUGAGGAUGGAUUCUCUGGAGAUGAUGUGAAGCAGUAUAAGCCUGUGGUGUAUAGCAACACCAUCCAGUCCUUGGCUGCCAUUGUCCGUGCCAUGGACACCCUCGGACUGGAGUAUGGGGACAAGGAGCGCAAAGCUGAUGCGAAGAUGGUUUGUGAUGUUGUGAGUCGCAUGGAGGACACCGAGCCCUAUUCUCCUGAGCUCCUGACCGCCAUGAUGCGCCUGUGGGCUGAUUCGGGCAUUCAGGAGUGCUUCAGCCGUGCCCGUGAGUACCAGCUCAACGACUCAGCCCAAUAUUACCUAGAUAGUUUAGAUAGGAUUGGUGCGGCAGACUACCAGCCCACGGAACAGGACAUUCUAAGAACCCGAGUGAAGACAACUGGUAUCGUCGAGACCCACUUCACCUUCAAGAACCUGCACUUCAGGCUGUUUGAUGUGGGAGGUCAAAGAUCAGAAAGGAAGAAGUGGAUCCACUGCUUUGAGGAUGUGACUGCCAUCAUCUUCUGCGUGGCUUUAAGUGGUUAUGACCAGGUGCUGCAUGAAGAUGAGACCACGAAUCGCAUGCACGAGUCUUUGAAGCUGUUUGACAGCAUCUGCAACAACAAAUGGUUUACAAACACCUCCAUCAUUCUUUUCCUUAACAAGAAGGACAUAUUUGAGGAGAAAAUAAAGAAAUCACCCUUAACUAUCUGCUUCCCUGAGUACACAGGACCAGACACGUUCCUGGAGGCAGUGGCUUACAUCCAGUCACUGUACGAAAGCAAGAAUAAGUCCUUCAAUAAGGAGGUGUACGCCCACACCACCUGCGCCACCGACACCAACAACAUCCAGUUCGUCUUUGAUGCUGUCACUGAUGUCAUCAUCGCAAACAAUUUGCGUUUCUGUGGUCUUUAUUGAGCCAAGAUCUGUUAUAUACACCCUUGUAUUGCUCUCUUUGUCUAGCUCUCCAUUGGUGGACUACAGAAUGAAAGCUGACCAAAGAGCUUCCUCUUCAGGCAUGAACAAGAGGAUUUAAAAUCCCAGCUAUUGCUGUAAACACAGGUGGAAGUGAAUUAUCACAUCACAUUCUCACAUUAAAUUGUGUUUAUUAAUUGUUUAAACGAGCUGGUACAGGGAAGAUAUAGCAGUUGAAUUAAUUUAAAUAUCCAGCUACCGUUAUUCAGUAAAUGUAACCCACUCUGUCCCCAUAAGAAUUCCAAUCUUUAAAUUAUAUUCAUUAUUAUUUAAAGGCCAAAUUAAUGAAGUCAAUUGUGGUAAAAUCAUUUGCUGUCUUGAAGUAUUUUUCUUCAACCCUUAAAAACACAAAGCAUGUUAUAGCAUUGGGUGCCUUAAAUGGGCAUUAUUGCUGUACCAUGUGUAUAUUCCAUUCUUAUGAGACCAUCUCAUAUUUACAGUGCCAUAGAUAAGAAUUUUAUAUAUUAUCAAGACUUGAAAUUUAAGAAAACUCAUUAACUAAAUGCCAUUAAAAGUUCCUCACAAGAAAUGAGGCCUUAAGCAGCUUCACUGCAGAAAUAGCACCCUAUCUGCUUUUAGAGUUACAAUCUCAGAGUAUGCAGUCAGAUUGUACACUGUACCAGUCUUUAACCUCGUUGCUGGUUUGUAUGUAUUAUUCUUAUGAAACAAGAAACGCUAAAAGUACAAGGUCUUAUUUCGAUUGUGGUAAUGAAGGUACAAUGGGUAUGUACUGUAUUUAAAAAAAAAACAGUUUUACAUUACCUUAAAUUGUUCAUGUAGUAUAUAGUCAAACUGUAAUGUUAAUUUGAUUUAUUCAGCAGAUCAGAGAUAUUUCAGACACUUAAGAUUAAUUAAUUAGGAAUGAUCAAACCACUUCUGUCAUCUUUUUUGAAUGAACUGUCUGGCUUUUCAUUGUUGUGCUUUCAGCUUACGCAUCCAGAGCAGUCAAUGUGCAUUGGCCGUCUGUGUACAGUUUAAUCAUAGUGUCGGAAUGGCUCAGCUAGUACGCCUCAAGUUGUUAGCUGUUUUUUUUGGCCCCGCUCUGUAAUUUAGCUUCCUGAUAACCUCCAAUCAAACUCUUUUUUUUUCUCUCUUCCUUCCCACAAAUCUGAUAUCCUUUCCCACAUGUCCAAGAGAAAUACAGCUUCACUGAGAAUCAGCAAGUAUUUUUAACAUUGCUCAGACUGGCUACCAGGAACAGCACAUGGUCAUUUGUAGUUAAAGGAGGGUGUCACUGAGAAUCACAAUAUAAUUAGAAAGAGAAGUGCUGUUGUAGCUACAGACAGAUUGCACUACUCUUUUUGACAUUCACUUAAUUAGGACUGUUUAAGAAAGUGGAAUACUGGAUCAAAAGACACUCAGCACAUACAGAGACUUCUGUACCUAUUAUCUGCAUGAAUGUAUGUCAAGCUAGGUAGCUGUUUCACUAAUGGAUGGCCCAAGAGCUAUAUUUGCCAUAAAUGUUUCGUGUCCUAAUUUUCCCUUUACUCCUUUAUUGUACAGCACCACUGGGAGUAUCAUCACUGGGUCACCUUAUGGAACUUAACUGUAGCAUUUAGUAAAUCUUUAGUAGCCAUUUGUUCCAUAUGCUGAAAAUUCUGAAACCAAAACGGCAGCACAUCAGGGUAGUUGCACUGCAGUGAUACUCAUAAAUUACAUUUGGUGCAAGUAUUAUUAUUAUUAUUAUUAUUAUUAUUAUAAUUACCUGACAAUGCUAUGACCUAGAGACAGCACUUUUUCCACUGAUGAAGGGAAGAGUCUUUAGAUGAAGUUUCAUGGUAUGACAUUCUACUGGCAUGAUGCAAGCUUCUCCUGCUGUUUAAGUGUGUGUGUAUAAACACUGGCUUAGUGACAGAUCAGCACUGAAAUCUGAAUCUAAGCUCUUAGCAUCUCAGCUGGAAGGUUACUAUGUAUUUUGUUGCCAACAGAAAUACUGCAACACACCCUCUUAUCCAUCCAAAUGUGAACACUUUUUCAAAUUGACACAGACCUUCUCAGCUAUCUGUUUUCUUUUUUUUCUGUUGCUCUUCCAAAAAUGCUUUAUGAGUAUGGCCUUAAACCUAGCCUUUCCACCAGAGUAAUGGUCCAUAAGCUUUGUGCUGCUGAUCAGGUAAAUGAUCGGCUUGUGCAGCCAUAGUGAAAAAGAAAUUGUUCUACUGGUGCAGAGACUUAUGGGAAAGGAAGUUUUUUGGGCAUGUAAAGAGAUUUGUGGGUAAUUCAAUCAGUACACAUUGAGUGACUAACGGCUGAUUGUUCCUGUGGUUUUAUAUGGGCUACAACAGCUGGUACUGUGGCCGGACUGCUGUCAGCAUGGGCUCUGAUGUAUGCUUGGUUAGAAAUAAUCCAUUUGACAUCAUGUUACCUGCUGGAAUAAGUUUUAUAGCCAAUGAAAAAUGCUGGUGCAGAAUAUUGAAAGGGAACUGCAAAAGAAAGUACGUGUCCUGUCUUAAUGCUUGCAUAGGAUGUUUAAAUAUCUUUCAUAAAACAGUCAUUUUUCUUGAUUAAUUUACUCCAAGUUACAUUAACACUACCAUUAUUGGAUUUAAGCCAACAUAUCAAUAGUUCCAAAAUAGGACACUUGCACUAUUUCAUAAAUAGGUCCAAAACAGGACACUUGCAUUGCAGUGGGAUGGCGAUUUUAAAUAAUGCCGUCCAUGAUGGGAAGAAUCUGGUAUGGAGAAGUGAUUUUAUUAUAGGUACAAGUGCCAAGUGCCAUGUGUUGUAUUAUAGUGCCAUCUGUUCACAGGUUUAUUGCAAAGACCUAAAUGCAGACUCUCUGUAUUCCUUGAUAUCUGUUCACAGGAUCACUGUGUCUGUCAGUUUCAUGUCUAUCUGCUGUAGUUGUAUCAUUCACUGCUCCGGAUUAUUUAUUCAACAAUGGAUGUGUAUUUGUGUGUAUGUAUUUAUAUGAAAUGAAUAAAGUGCUACUUGAAUUAAACUGUGUGCCAUUCUUUGCA